GGUGGCUGGAGUGGCGGGUGCGCGGCUCGCAGCGGAGGUCCUAGCCGGAGAGAAGUGGGGGGUUCUGUUGGAGGAGAGUGGGCUGCGUUGGGCAGCUGACCCGGCCUUGUGGGAAUCGGGAGGGAAGGUGCCCUUUAACAAGGGUAGGCGCUUGACUGAGGGGUUCUGAGGCUGAGCCCAGCAUGUGAGUUGGGGGUGAUCUGUAUUUCGCAGGAGGGUCUUCAGUGGGGGAAGUCGUAAAGCAGGAGGCAGCAGAUGGUAAAAUAUAGAGAUGCCCUUGGAAUGCAGCGUGGCGAUUUAGUAGGUUUUAAGACAGAGGAUCAGUAUAGCGCACUGUAAUUUACAAGCUUUGAUUUGGGUGAAAGUCGUGGGAAGAAGCAAUAUUGAGGGAGGGAGGGAGACCUCCAGGGAUGGGGAUGCACUUCAAAGAGAUGUUAAGCCCUACUAUUCCUGUGGCGUUUACUAGGUGCUGUGCACCUGCCAAGUGUUUUAGGUGAAUUAACUCUUAAACUUACCCUACCGAUAUUUAAGAGUGUGGACUCUGGCGUCGGGUUGAAUCCUGAAUUUGAAUCCCGGCUCUGCCACUGAGCGUUACUGUGGCUUUGGGCGAGUUGUUUAACCUUUUCUGUGCCUCAGCUUCAUCACUGGUAGAAUGAUCUCAUCUCUGUCUAUACCAUUGGCUUGCUUCACCCUGUUUCUCUAAUGAGAACUCCCAGGUGUGGUUUCCAGCCUGGAUCUCUGCCCUGAACUCUAGAGUCAUACCGUGGCCGACUUUUCUCUAUUUGGAAGUUCAUCUGACAUUCAGACAUAAACUUGUUCCAAACCAAACUUGCUGUUCUCUCCUUUCAGCCUCCAAACCCAGUUGAUGGCACAUUCAUCCUUCCAGGUACUAAGAUCAAGAAGCCUGGAGUGUCCUUCACCCUUUUGUUUGACUUAUACACGGUCUAGCCAUCAGCAGAUCGCAUUAACUCUACCUUCAAAAUACAUCCAGAGGCCCGGUGCAGUGGCUCACACCUGUUAUCCCAGCACUUGGGGAGGCUGAGGCGGGUGGAUCAUCUGAGGUCGGGAGUUUGAAACCAGUCUGACCAACAUGGAGAAACCCUGUCUCUACUAAAAAAUACAAAAUUAGCUGGGCAUGGUGGCGCAUGCCUGUAAUCCCAGCUACUGGGGAGGUUGAGGCAGGAGAAUCGCUUGAACCCGAGAGACAGAGGUUGCAGUGAGCCAAGAUUGCACCAUUGUACUCCAGCCUUGGCAACAAGAGCAAAACUCUGUCUCAACAAACAAAACAAAAAAACCCACAUCUGGAAUCCAACCACAUCUCACCAGCUCCUUUGCUACCACUCUGUCCCAAGUUGUCUCUUGGCUCUUACCUGGUGUGUAGCAGUGGCCUUCUGUGUGGGCUCCCUGCCUCUCGCUGUCAGGGGGAUCCUAGUAGAACAGAAAUCGGAUCAGGUUGCUCCUCUGUUCACACCGUCUUCUGGCUCCCACCUUACUCGGCAAAAGUCUUCACCAUAUCCGCAAGGACCCCCAGCUUAUUGAGUUCCCUCCCUUCCUCCCCCUCCCUCCCUUCAACUCCCGUCACUUCUCUCAGUUCCCUUGCUUACUCUGCUGCAGCUACCCUGGCCUCCUCUCUGUUCUUUGAACAUGGUGAACACAUUGUCACCACAGGGCCUUUGUACUCGCUGUCCACUCCUCCAGGAUCAGGUCUCCUUAGAUGUCUGCGUGGCUUCUCCGCACCUCUUUCAGGUCUCUGUUCAGAUGUCAACUCCACAGCUGGGCACUUGCUGACUACUCAGGGUAAAAGGGCUCCUCUCAUGUGGCUCUCACCUGGCUUUUUCUUCAUAACACCAAUACCUUAUACAGAUUAUUAUUCUUAUUGUUUUUUUUGAGACGGAGUUUUGCUCUUGUUGCCCAGGCUAAAGUGCAAUGUCAUGAUCUUGGCUUACUGCAACCUCCGCCUCCCAGGUUCAUGUAUUUCUUCUGCCUCAGCCUCCUGAGUAGCCGGGAUUCUAGGCAUGUGCCGCCACACUUGGGUAAUUUUGUAUUUUUAGUAGAGACGGGGUUUCUCCAUGUUGGUCAGGCUGGUCUCAAACUCCUGACGUCAGCUGAUCAGGCUGCCUUGGCCUUCCAAAGUGUUGAGAUUACAGAUGUGAACCACCAUGGCCGGCCAAUAUUAUUAUUUGUAGUAUUAUUAUUUUUUGAGAUGGAAUCUUGCACUGUUGCCCAGGCUGGAGUGCAGUGGCACCAUCUCAGCUCACUACAUCUUGUGCCUCCCGGGUUCAAGUGAUUCCCCUGUCUCAACCUCCCAAGUAGCUGGAACUACAGAUGUGUGCCACCAUGCCUUGAAUUUUUGUAAUUUUAAUAGAGAUGGGGUUUCACCAUCUUGGCCAGGCUGGUUUCAAACUCCUGACCUCAAGUGAUCUGCUCACCUCGGCCUCCCAAAGUGCUGGGAUUACAGGCAUGAGCCACUGCGCCUGGCUUUCGCUUGGAUUAUUGUUGGUUUAUAUCCUCUGGGCUUCUUGGACCUCCCCACUAGAGUGUUUGGCUCUAUGUGAAUAUAGAACCCAGCACCUAGAAGAGCACAUGGUGUGUACAAAGUGUUGUUUCUCCUAUACCGUCCUCACCACCCUUUGGGGUCUUCCUGUGGUGUGGGGCGGGGUUGCUAAGCUGGGAGGGUCUUGUGUCGGGUGGUGGGGUUAGAGGUCGGGGAAUACACUGGACAGAUUGUGGUGCCCAAGGGUAGAAGGACCCUUAAGUGUCUGAAGGAACCUGGAGGAAAUGCAGAUUCCGGGGCCCACCCCAGGGUUUCUGCUUGUGUAUGUUUGGGACGUGACCUAGGAAGCUGCAUUUUCAUAAGCACCUGUUUGUAAGUAUUACGUUCUUUGGCCAUCACUGUGGGAAACAUGGCUAGGCUGGUUCAGACUUUGGGCUGGAAGGAAACCACUCUCUUCUCAUCCAGCUCCUUCCCUGUGGCUGAUGCUCUGCUGGGCAGUGUUGUGGUGAUUCAGACAGCUCCUGACCCAGCCUGGGAGUCAGGGAGGGCUUCCUGCAGGAAAGGGCAUCAGAGCUGAGACUUAAUGAGCUAAGGGGAGAAAACCUUGGCUGUAUCCCCAGUGCCUAGAACCCCAUUUCCUGGCAUCUCCCAUGAAAUUCACAAGCAGUCCCUGAAGAUACAAGAUUGAUUAAAAUGGCUCUGCCCUCAUGGGCUCAUGGUUUGUCAAAUAACGAAUCACAGAGAUGGUAAGAGGGGUACCAGACACUGUUUGAAGCACCUUAUAUACAUUAAAUAAUUUAAUUCCCUAACAAACCUAUAAGGUAGGGGCUCUUAUCCCACUCUACUGAUGGGGGAAGGCCCAGAGAGGGCAAGUGUCUUGCCUAAGGCCACACCAAAGAUAAGUGCAGCUGAGAUCUGAACCCAGAAGUCCCUAGCCUGCAGCACGUGCCAUGCUGAAGCUGUGAGGCCACAUUUGGGUUAGUUCUGGGAGGAAACAGGUGGUCAGGGAAGGGCAGCUCGGUGAUGGGAAGGAGGGCAAAUGCUUCUGUCCUUCAUCAUGGGAUGCUAGACAAGCCUCAGUUUCAUCCUCUGCAUAAUGGGGCUGGUUAUAGUGCCCACCAGAGAGCAGAAUUUGGGGUGAGUCAUUCAUUGGAUUGGUAAAUGUGCAUGGUCUUUAUCUAAGGCAAAAUGUCUUUGUUUUAUUGUGUGUGUGUGUGUGUGUGUGUGUGUGUGUGUGUUUUGUUUUUGAGACAGAAUUUAUUGCCCAGGCUGGAGGGCAGUGACACAAUCUUGGCUCACUGUGACCUCCAUCUCCCAGGUUCAAGUGAUUCUCCUGCCUCAGCCUCCUGGCUAGCUGGGAUUAUAGGCUCCUGCCACCAUGCCCCGCUAAGUUUUGUAUUUUUGGUAGAGACAGUUUCUCCAUGUUGAUCAGGCUGGUCUCGAACUCCCGACCUCAGGUGAUCCACCCUCCUUGGCCUCCCAAAGUGCUGGGAUUACAGGCAUGAGCCACCAUACCUGGCCAGCAAAACAUCUUUAAGAGACAGUGGGAGAGGGAGUCUGGAUCCCCCAGGGGGAACUGGGGUACUGCAUUGUGCCCUAUAGAUUGCAUUGCUUGGUUCCCCAGAGGGCUUUUGUGUCUCUGCAUUCCAUGGGGACAAUGUGGAAGGCUUUGGUCUGUAUUCUGGGGCAGUGAAGGGGAGUUCUGUCCAGUCUCAAUUCCUCACUUGGUAGGGAGGUGAGGUCAGAAUGGGGUCGGGAAGGGGAUCAUCCAGGUCAGGCAAUGAGUGUGAAUGUGAGGCUGAGGUCUGCUGCAGGGGAGAACCCAGCUAGGGGAUGGCUGCACUGGAAUAUGUGUUGUUGGUGGUGGGAGCUACAGAGUGUAGGGAAAGAGCCAUCCGAUGGGGCUGCCAAGGGUAGUGAUUUGCCCAUGUCUGGUAUGGGAGGUAGUGAUGGAGAUUUGUCUUUGGGAAGCCCUGCGUGGAGAGUUUUCAGCUCCGGCCCUGGGUGAGAGCUGUGAAAUCUGUGGGGAGAGCCAUUUGGAGGGUGGAGCCAGGGGCGGUGAUGUAACCCCGGAAAGGAAAGGGGUCAUCCUAGUGAAUGAUGAGAGGGAGAGAGCUGGGGGCUGACACACUGAAUGUGAGUGUGCCGGCGCCAUGACGUCAUGAGGCCCGAGAACUGGGUCAGGUGUGUGGGCCAGGAUGAGGCCUUGGGACAGCCGCUCGGCGCUCACAGGGAUGGGGUGGUGACGUCACUGGUUGGUGAGGGCGGGGCCUCGAAGGCACCACUGGGCUGCGUGAGGUCAGGAAGGAGGCAGAGGCUGAGAAGAGCUGGGAGAGGCUCGGGACUGGAGUGAAAUCGGCCAUCAGGAUGAGCCACUGUUCACGAAGCAAGGAUGGAGGAUGCAGGCUGCAGUGCAGUGGCAAGAUCACAGCUUACUACAGCUUCCGCCUCCAGCCUCCCAAGUGGCUGGAACUACAGCAACGUUGGCCAUGGACCAGCCGGCCGGCCUGCAGGUGGACUACGUCUUCCGGGGUGUGGAGCAUGCUGUGCGGGUGGUGGUUUCCGGGCAGGUGCUGGAGCUGGAGGUGGAGGACCGGAUGACGGCGGACCAGUGGCGGGGCGAGUUCGAUGCCGGCUUCAUUGAAGAUUUGACUCACAAGACAGGGAACUUCAAACAGUUCAACAUCUUCUGUCAUAUGCUGGAGUCAGCCCUCACUCAGAGCAGUGAGUCAGUCACUCUGGACCUGCUGACCUACACAGACCUGGAGUCCCUGCGGAACCGCAAGAUGGGGGGCCGUCCGGGCCCUCUGGCCCCCAGAUCGGCCCAGCUCAACUCCAAGCGCUACCUGAUCCUCAUCUACUCAGUGGAGUUUGACAGGAUUCACUACCCGCUGCCCCUCCCGUACCAGGGCAAGCCAGACCCCGUGGUUCUGCAGGGCAUCAUCCGCUCACUGAAGGAGGAACUGGGCCGCCUGCAAGGUCUGGGCGGCCAGGACACUCGGGACACCCGGGAGACUGAGAUCUGGCACCUGCGGGAGCAGGUGUCGCGCCUGGCGUCCGAGAAGCGGGAGCUGGAGGUGCAGCUGGGCCGAUCGCGCGAGGAAGCGCUGGCUGGGCGCGCGGCCCGCCAGGAGGCCGAGGCACUGCGUGGGUUGGUGCGUGGGCUGGAGCUGGAGCUGCGGCAGGAGCGCGGCCUUGGGCAUAGGGUGGCCGGCCGCCGAGGCCAGGAUUGCCGCCGCCUGGCCAAGGAGUCUGGACCUCUGCGCCCCCUCCCCUCCCUGCAGCUCGAGGAGGCGAAGGCAUCCGAGCGGAGCCUGCGCGCCCGGCUGAAGACGCUGACCAGCGAGCUGGCCUUGUACAAGAGGGGGAGGCGGACUCCUCCGGUGCAGCCGCCCUUGGCGCGGGAGGACCGGGCCUUGUCGUCCCGGGAGCGCUCCACGUCGCGAGGUCGCGGAGCCGCGCGCUCCUCAUCCCGGGAGAGCAGCCGCGGGAGCCGGGGUCGAGGCCGACCCGCGCGCCCCUCGCCCUCGCCCACAGGUGGUCGCGCGCUCCGCUUCGACCCCACGGCCUUUGUGAAAGCCAAGGAAAGGAAGCAGAGAGAGAUCAAGAUGAAGCAGCAGCAGCAGCAGCGGAACCGAUUAGGCAGUGGAGGAAGCGGGGACCGUCCGUCCAUCUCCUGGCCUCGCCACACCCGGCCCCCUGCUGCCGUGACUGGACGAGGGGACGCCCCUAACCGCUCACGAAACCGCAGCUCCUCUGUGGACAGUUUGCGCAGCCGCUGCUCCUCAGCCAGCUCCUGCAGCGAUUUGGAGGAUUUCUCUGAGUCGCUUUCCAGAGGGGGUCCCCGCCGCCGUGGCAAGCCUCCUAGCCCAACGACCUGGAGUGGGCCCAAUACGAAGUCUACCCCUGUGGAAUGCAGCCACCGUGAGAAACAUCUGGCCAAUUCUGGGGGCUGGGUCCCCAUCAAAGAGUACAGCUCGGACCACCAGGUGGCUGACAUGGCUGAAAUAGAUGCACGUCUGAAGGCCUUGCAGGAGUACAUGAACAGACUGGACAUGCGGUCAUGACAUGGAGAGGGGGUACUGGCCCUCCAUCCCCCACCCACUACUGAGUAUGGCAUGGGGGGUGGGGCCUGCCCUGGCCCCGCCCCUCCACGUGCCCCUGGGGUCUCAGGUGUGUGAGGCCCUGAUCCCAGCCUCUCCCCUGGCAGUACAUGCUGGGAGGGAGGAUAUGUGUAUUUUGUAAAUAAACAUAUUUGCCCUUGGGA